UUAAAUAACACAUCCAUUUACACCGCCCCCUUCGUGACCCAACUGGUCACGGAGCACGUUCUCCUCACAUCCCUCUUACCUUCCAUUCCAACGCAAACGUUAACAGACACGCUCAAUUCACAAUACCCAUCAGUUUGAAGGAUUCAAGUUUUGUUCAUUUUCAACUACAAAGUAGUUCGAUCGAGUUGGAUUUGGAGAAAAAAGGCGCGACUUUGAGAAUCCGUUGUGGAUUGAUUAAAUCUGAUAUUGCUUUUGAAGUUUUUUUGGAUUUCGGUGUGGUGUAGAGCUGCAUAGUUAGAGAAUUGAAAGUUCUGUUUGGUGAUUGACUGAUUGUGGUCUGUAGGCAAAAGGAUGAGUCACCAUUCGUCUGCACUUGGGAAAACACCUUCUGGUAACAGAAGAUUAAAAGAUCUAUUGCAGCAACGUGAUAAUCGAACAUGUGCUGAUUGUGGUGCACCUGAUCCUAAGUGGGCUUCAGCUAAUAUUGGAGUGUUCAUAUGCUUAAAAUGUUGUGGUGUUCACAGAAGUCUUGGUGUUCAUAUUUCCAAGGUUUUAUCAGUGACAUUAGAUUCAUGGAGUGAUGCUGAAAUUGAUGCCAUGAUUGAAGUUGGAGGAAAUGCAUCUGCAAAUUCAAUCUAUGAAGCGUAUAUUCCUCAAGGAAUUUCUAAACCUAGACCUGAUGCUUCUCAAGAACAUCGUUCAAAUUUUAUCAGGUCAAAGUAUGAGCUUCAAGAUUUCUUGAAACCAAGUUUAAGGAUCUCAUCAAGUAAUUCUAGCUCUCUAAAAUCAAGUUUAUCAAGAAAGAUUAUGGACAAUGUUCCAAGUAAUAAAGGCAUGGUGGAAUUCAUUGGAGUCUUGAAAAUCACAGUGAUAAGAGGAAAAAAUCUUGCUGUUCGUGACAUGCUUUCUAGUGAUCCAUAUGUUGUCCUUACUUUAGGACAACAGAAGGCACAAACAACUGUAAGAAAUAGCAACUUGAAUCCAGUUUGGAAUGAGGAGCUUAUGCUUUCUGUUCCUCAGAAUUAUGGCCCUGUUAAACUGCAAGUGUUUGAUCACGAUACAUUUUCAGCGGAUGAUAUAAUGGGGGAAGCGGAAAUUUAUAUUAUGCCAUUAAUAACAUCCGCAAUGGCAUUUGGGGAUGCGGGAAUAUUAGAAAAUAUGCAAAUUGGAAAAUGGCUAAAAUCACAUGAUAAUGCACUUUUGGAAGAUAGCAUUGUCAAUAUUAUCGAUGGGAAAGUCAUACAAGAGGUUAAAUUAAAACUCCAAAAUGUUGAAUCCGGUGAAAUGGAUCUUCGAAUUGAGUGGACCCCACUUGACCAAUAAUAAUAAAUAAUUGUCUAAAAUAUUCAAACGUUUUUAUAUUUUAUAUGUUUCUUGCAUUUCUAAUACUUAUCUUGUUGUAUUUAUCGGUUUUUAUAUGUUAAUUUCACGAGAAGGACUUUUACAUUAUUAUGAAAGUUACGUUUGAUUUCUCCCUUUA